AGAUGGCGGGGCUGCUAAUGAGUCCUUGUGGCGGCUCGUUGAGAAAUAAAAUCAUUUAGAAAGGUAGUUAGGCGCCUAGUAGGAGACAGCCGUGUCGUAUUUAUCGCUCCCAGAAGAUCCCAUUGGAGGAUGAUCAGUGCCUAGAUCCCAUAAUAAGCUGAAUGCAUUGUGAUUUCCAAUAAUUGAGACAGUGAUUCUGAAAGCUGUCUACAUUAAUGAAAAGAACAAUGUAGUCAGCUUAGCAUAUUCACCUCUGGUACGUGGUCUUUACAGGGAUGUGCUUCUGCAUGCAUUCUGGGUUUAGAUAAGAAGGAAGUUUCUUAACAGGUUAGAUUUUACAAUUAUAUACCAGUCUGUAUGUGUAGUAGUUGUUAAUACACAGGAAAUGGAGAUAGAUGAUGUUCUACCCCCUCUCCCCUUGGAGCCACCUGAUGAUUUUGGCCAAGAUGAGGGCAGAGCACCUCCACCACCUCCCCUGCAAACGUCCAGUGACGCAGAGGUAAUGGACGUUAGCUCUGGUGGUGAUGGAUACACAUACACCCCAGGGGACGGGGAAGCCAAGGCACCGCAACCCCUCAGCAAGGGCUCAAUCACUUUCUGUAGCCACCUCUCAGAUGAGGCUAAUCCCAACCCACCGUGCCCUAGAACAGCACGCCACGCUCCCCCGGUCACCAAGUUUCUACCAGACCUCAAGCUGCUCAGAGACGUUAAGAUCAGCGUAAGUUUCACUGAAAGCAGCAAUAGUAAAGACAGGAAGGUUCUGUAUACAGGUGAAGGGCAAGAUGGAGGAAGUGAUGAUGGCUUAGACGGACUGAAUGGUGAGUUGCAUGACUGGACUAGUGAGCAAGAAGUAGCUGAGGGUAGCUCUGGCGCAGGGAACGCAGGCAGAACAUCAGAGGAGGCUGAGGUAGACGUGGAAAACAAGGUUGAGUUUGCUGUCCUGGAUGAAUUGGAUGACUUCUACGACAACUUCCUGGAUCAUGAUGAUGGGGAGCGUGGUGGCUUUAAGUCUGAGGUCAUAGUUCAGCAGGAGCAAGCAGAUGACGACGCCACGCCAUAUCCCUAUGAGGAGGAGUUUGACAAUGACGUCGAUGCCCUGCUGGAGGAAGGCAUGCCGGUCCCAAAAAAGAUGCGCCCUGCAGAGGACAAAUAUGGCGGGGACAGUGAUCAUCAGUCGGAUGGUGAAGGAGGUGUUCAGCCUAUGAUGACCAAAAUUAAGACUGUCCUGAAGAGUCGGGGGCGUCCUCCCACUGAGCCUCUACCUGAUGGAUGGAUCAUGACAUUCCAUAACUCAGGCAUUCCAGUCUACCUGCACAGAGAAACCAGAGUGGUUACCUGGUCCAGACCCUACUUCCUCGGGACUGGCAGUAUUAGGAAACAUGACCCUCCCACCAGCAGCAUCCCUUGCCUACAUUACAAGAAAAUGAAGGAACAGGAGGAAAGGGAACUGAACGGGGAGGUGACACCUAAUGCAGAGGAGUCUCCGGUCAAGCCCAGACAGGAGACUAAUGGUGAAGACAAAGCAGGCAAGUCAGAAACUGCGGCUGAGGAUAAUGACGGCAUCUCUGCGUCCAUUCUGACUGACGGUGUCCCAGAUGGAGAGGGUGUCACUGACAACAUCCAGCAGGGUAAAGAGCCCCAGCCUUUUGACACUGCCCAAGGAGCCUUAGGACAAGUCAAGGCCAAGGUGGAGGUGUGCAAGGACGAGUCAAUAGAACUUGAAGAGUUUCGCCUGUACCUGGAAAAAUGCUUUGACUUUGAACAAGUCACUGUAAAGAAGUUUCGUACCUGGGCUGAGCGAAGGCAGUUCAACAGAGACAUGAAGAGGAAGCAGGCAGAGUCAGAGAGACCUAUCCUACCAGCCAACCAGAAACUCAUCACACUGUCAGUCCAAGAUGCACCCACUAAGAAAGAAUUUGUCAUCAACCCCAAUGGAAAGUCUGAAGUUUGCAUCUUGCACGAAUAUAUGCAACGUGUCCUCAAGGUUCGACCUGUUUACAAUUUCUUUGAAUGUGAGAACCCAAGUGAACCCUUUGGAGCAUCAGUCAUUAUAGACGGAGUAACUUACGGCACAGGAACCGCAAGCAGUAAAAAACUUGCCAAGAAUAAAGCUGCUCGAGCCACACUGGAAAUCCUCAUCCCUGACUUUGUGAAGCAGACCUCGGAGGAGAAGCCUGUCGAGGGCGAUGAACUGGAGUAUUUUAAUCAUAUCAGUAUUGAAGACUCGAGGGUGUAUGAGCUGACCAACAAAGCAGGACUACUUUCGCCAUAUCAGAUUCUUCAUGAGUGCCUUAAAAGAAACCAUGGAAUGGGAGACACCAGCAUUAAAUUUGAGGUGAUCCCCGGGAAAAACCAGAAGAGUGAAUAUGUGAUGACAUGUGGGAAACAUACUGUGCGUGGCUGGUGCAAGAACAAGAGGGUUGGCAAACAACUAGCAUCUCAAAAGAUUUUGCAGAUGCUUCAUCCCCACGUCAAGAACUGGGGCUCACUGCUGCGCAUGUACGGCAGAGAGAGCAAUAAGAUGGUCAAGAAGGAGAGCUCGGACAAGAGUGUGAUCGAGCUCCAGCAGUACGCCAAAAAGAACAAGCCAAACCUUCAUAUCUUGAACAAACUACAAGAAGAAAUGAGGAAACUGGCCACACAGAGGGAGGAAACCAGGAAGAAACCCAAGAUGACCAUAAUGGAGUCUGCCCAGCCAGGGAGUGAACCUCUCUGCACUGUCGACGUUUAAGUCUCGGAAUCACUGAUGAACCACGGCACUGAAACCCAGUCACUGUCAAGACUCGUCACACACCAUCCAUCACUUAAUUAUGCAUCACUAAGAUCUAAUGGCAAUAUAAUUAGUCAUUGACCAGGCCAGUAGAGCUGCUUGCUUCCUUCAUUCACUUAUAUUGGAUCAGCCGGUAGAUAUAAGGGUAGGACUAAAUGCACUAACAGACCCUAGAGCAAAUAUCGUCUACCUCUCUAGAUGCACCCUCACUAUGGCACUAGGAAAAAAAGAAAUCACCCAGGGUGCAGAGAAGUUAACAUGACUUGACAACAUACGAACCACAUCAAAAUAAAAAUGCAUGCUUCUUUGACUGCAAAAAGCCACUACUUUGUUGGUUUUGUUUUGAAGUGUUGUUUUCAACAGCCGCAACCUUAUAGUACCAGCACCUCUUAGUUUUGUUUGUGCUUCAAGUAUUUGAAAGGGACUACUAAUACUUCUGUAUUUAUACCAUUCAUUUAAUUGGGAAAACAAAGUUACUUGUACAUGGGGUGUUUUAAUAGUAGGUGUUACAGAUAUUUUGGGUGAAAUACAAAAUAUGCUUUUGUUUAUCCUCGGAAUGGACAGUCACUGUCUUGGUUUGCACGAUUAAAAACAUGCGUUGUGAAGUGAUCACUAUCCAGAGCUAUUGUCAUGCACACGUGUCCUCUCAGACUUUUGUUGAGUGAUCAUGCUGUUGGUACGGAAAUAACUACUUUUAUCACUCCUUGUAUUUGGAGGGAGUUGUUGCCUUUUUGUGUUGGGGGUUUUUUCUUUUUUUUUUUUUUUUUUUAGUUUGCUUUGGCAAUACAACACAUUAAAGUCCUGCUGGGGCCACUGAGUAUUGUAAUGUAAAAGAUAGUUUCUUUUAGUUCUUGCCUAGCUUCUCUUAAACUACUAAUGCCAUGCACACCAACUAACCACUUGGUACAUUUCAGUUGCAUUUAAUUUUUGGUGCCCUUAUAAAGAAAAUCCCGUCGGCUACAUGUUGCCUUAGUUAAUCCAUUUCAUGAAGGGCUCAGAGUAUAUACAGUACAUUGGACCUAUAACCCCCUUCAACAGGAAGUGGAAAGACCAAGCCCCCUUUACCUGAUAAAGCAUUUAUUGUUUAGUCAGUUAGUAUUUUUAAAGACGACAGCCUAUAAAACAAACUUUAGGGAGAAAUGCCUCCAGCAUGUGCAGAUUUUUAAGACUCAUCUUAAUGGAUUGUGUAUUUUGUUUGUGUACGUUUGCCAUCGUAACACCCAAUCAUACUUUCUAACCAUGAGUAGAAGACGUUUUUCAAAAGGCAGCCUUGCUAAAGUUAGUUGGCACACUGACAUGAACAAAAUGCGAUCAAGUCAUUGAGUCCAACACAAGCUGAUGAAACUGUGUAUACCAAAGCUUACAUACAGUCUUAUGCAUUUUAUAGAAUACUUAAUGUUGCUGCAAACUGUACAGUAGAAACAUCUAUAACAGGAAAAAACAGACAUGUUACUUGCUGGAACAAAAUAGAAACUGCUGUGCAUUCUGUCAAGUAUUUGGUCUGUGCUUUUUCUACAAAACAUACACGUCACAGUUUAAACACCAGGCUGUUGUGAUAUUGUAGAUUGCUUUAAGAAUGCUCUUUGCCCUCUGUGCGUGUUGUCCUGCCAAGUGUGUGUCAGUGUGAGAAGACUGAAAAAAAAAAAUACUGCUUUUUAGAUGUGUUGCUGUUGAGUUGUACCAAUGAAUUGUUUGAGACGUUGCCUAGAAAAUGAAGUAUGUAUUGCAACCUGAGCUCCAUGACUUCUGUAAUAUUUGUUAUGCAAAAUAAAAUGUCUUGACUAAUGA